AUGGUGAAAACGCCCAUGGCGGUGUACACGCCACAUCCCCACGACGUUUUGUUUGGCCGUGGAGGAGUCACCAACAAUCAUCCAGGCAACCAGCGGUUUUUGCAGUGGGUUCGCGAACGAGCUGCCAUGUAUCACGGUGUGGCGAAAAUGGACAAGAAGCACGUGUGUCAGGAAGUGAUUGAUCUGGUCCAUCUGCAAAAUCCUCCCGGUCGCUUCCUCCAGCAAACAGGAAAUGGACAAGAAAGAGCAUGGCAGGUAGUGGAUGAAACAGAAUCCCUCGUUUUGCUCGCUAAAGCAGGACAAGCCUUUCGUGACCUGUCCAAGAGGGAGUUUAGACGGGAUAGCAGCAGCAACAGCAGCAUUCCCAGCCCAGGUCUGGAAGCAGAAGAAGAAGAAACUGCUGGUACUGAAAGCCGCUGGGAGCCAUCACGGUGGCACUCGUACAGCAGACAACACUCUGCUGGUGGAAAUAAGGAUCAGCCGUUGCUUGUUGACGAUGACGACGAUGACGACGACAACGGUUCACUCCGGGAGCAAGCGUUGGGAAGAUUCAGCAAUACACACCCAGGUGCUCCGAAUGCCACCUCUGUGGCUCCAGGGAAGCAGGAGGUGCUGACAUCACACCACCAUGACGUCUACAACAAGCAUAGUUCCAGUGCCAAGCGACCAAGUACAUGUAGCAGCAACAGAGUGGAUCAGGAACAUGCCCUGAAAAGGAGGCGCUUAUCAUGGCACGCUGCUGCCAACCAGCAAGCACGAGAACAACAGUUUGACCAUUUACUCUUCUCCCGCAAUAAGGAAUGCGACGUGGAGAUUGUUUGCCGUCAUGAUGAUGAAUUAAAUCAUGUAUCUGUUUCCAUUCCAGCCCACAAAACGAUUCUGGCCAAGUCAUCCCCAGUUAUGGAAACAAUCUUUCAAGUCAACCCUGACUGCAGGACCCUGAACUUUGCCUAUCCUGCGGCCGUGGUCCAGCAAGUACUGGUUCACGUUUAUCACCAACGAUCUGUGGGCAACACUAUUACUAGAACUGGGGGAGCCAUACCUGCAGAACAAGUCGCACAACUUUUGGAGCUGACCAAAAAAUUCCAAUGGAUGGAUCUCUACAAACAGGUUUUCCAUAGAGCCUAUCAAUCAUUGACCAUGCACAAUCUCAAGUGGAUUGUACUCCAGGCCUGGAAAAAUAAUGACGCCAUGAAAGAGUUAUGCCGGGCGUACAUAAAAAAUCAUGCCGUUCCAGUUCUGACAGCACCUCAAUUCACAGUCUUGGCCAACAAAGAGCCACAAAUUUGGAAUGAUAUUGUCCGGGCAGCCGUGAGCGGGACGCACCAAGGUCUUGGGGAUUCAAGAUGA